UGUACGAGCCCCACCUUUUAGUCUCAGGGAGGGGACGUAGCGAGACCGAGGCGUACAGGAGGGGAUCUGAAGGGGAAGGAAUUUCUGCAGGUUCUCGUCUUUUCGGAAAAACAAUCGACAGGUCGUCUCUGUCUCUGUCUCUCUCUCUGUCUCUUUCUCAUCUCGUGCUGUUACCUCGAGCUGGUGGAGAUGUGGGCACAUCAUCUCACUAAAGAGCAGUGAGGGGGUUUAUUGCAACUUCGAAUUCUGGAGAAUCAUUUGGAGACUGUGAAAGGAUAAAAGGAAUAAAGGCCUGUCGUCUCAGAGGAUCCGUUGAAAGAAGGACUGACUCUUGGUGUGGAUUAAUUACGGGCGAAUAUGGCCUUCUUGUCCAAGAAGUACCUUUUCCCCCUCCUCUCCCUCCUGUAUGCGCCUCUCACAUGUCUAUGCCAGUCAACCAACAACACCUCAACCGACCAGACCACUUCCUCAAACACCACUUCCCCGAGAAGUGUCCGAGGCUGCGGUUCAGGACUGAAUCCAAUAUACAGGUUCUUGUGUGACCGCCGGGCAGCAUGGGGGAUUGUGCUGGAGACCUUGACCACUGCAGGGUUCAUCGUCAGCAUAGUUCUCUUCUUAGCCCUGAUAAUCUGGUCGCUCAGCAUCUGCUGCUCGUCCCGGUACGCGCGCAGCAGCAUCGGCAGCGCGGUGGCCAGCAUGUCCAUGUUCUUGUUGGCCACAGCCGGGAUCUUCGGCAUCACCUUCGCCUUCAUCAUCACCCUCACCCCACAGACCUGCCCCACCAGGAUCUUCCUCUUCCCCGUGCUCUUCGCCCUGGCCUUCUCCUGCCUGCUGGCCCGCUGCCUCGCCCUGCUGGGCUUUGCGGCCACUCGGGGUUGGGGCGAGCCCGCCGUGGCUCUGGGCCUCUUCACCGUGCAGAUUAUCAUUUCCACCCAGUGGCUGAUCAUAGUGCUGGUCCGGGACGAGAAACCUUGCGAGUACAGCCAGCCAGAAUUCGCCAUGAUGCAAAUCUACGUGCUGUGCCUCCUGGCGACCGGCUUGUUCCUGUCCCUGCACAUCAUGUGCCGCGCCUGCUGCACGUACAGCUACAGCUACACGGGUGCCACCCACAGCCAGUGGAGGGCUCAGGCCGCGCUGCUCUUCUUCACGCUCCUGCUCUCCGCCUGCAUCUGGGUGGUGUGGAUCACGAUGCUCACCAGGGGAAACGUCGAGCUGGGCCGUCGGCCGAGGUGGGACGACCCAGUCCUUAGCAUCGCCUUGGUGGCCAACGGCUGGGUGCUGCUGAUGGGCCACGGUUUGUCCCAAGUCACCUUUUUAUGCAGGGGGGAGGCCAUGUCGAAGGAUCUGCCUCUGAGCUUCGCGGGCUGGACCAGGCCCAACGCUGACAGCCCAGAACUGAGCAGCCAGAAGGAAGGGAAAGAAAAUGGAAGCUUUGAGAACGAAGCGGAAACCGGCAGAGGCAGGCGACCUGCGCCGAAGCUGCAAUCACCCUACGAGUCUGAGUUCUCCAUGACAGAAUUGUGAUGUGUGUUGCAGGAAAUCGACCCGGACAAAGAUUAUACCAUUCCUCGGCCUCAGACCACCAACUUCAAUGAGCCAUACGAUGAAUAUUACGGACACAAUUAGAACUUUAUGUCUGACACAUACUAAUUUCCACAAAAGUGGAGAAAAGGUGAUGAAAGUCGUGCACUAAUCUCUUCUGAAAGUAUGAAGUGUCUUGUCCAAAUGUAAAUAGUUUUAUAGGGGCUGUAAGGAAGUCCUAAAAAGCAAAAAAAAAAAAAAAAAAAAAAAAUAGUUUUAUGAUGAAGCUGUUAGGGUUCUGAUAGUCCAGCUUUCUUCUGGUGGAAAAUCCACAUGACAAAUCCUUGGCGAGCCUCUGUCAUGGUGUGUGCAUAAUACGUAUUGUGCACUGCUCAGAUGGUAUACAACAGCCCUGAGGUGAAAGAGGAGGCGUGAAACUGUCAGUGUGAAGGUGCUGAGCAGAGCAGAGGCUUCUGCACCAAAGAGGAGACGAGGGAGGACGAUGAGAUGAGACGAGACAGGAGGAGGAGGAGGCGGAGGACAGGACGGGAGCGCCUGUGCCGUCACUGAUCAACAUCUUCAUACUCAAAGUUGCGGCAGUAGGGAUGCGGUGUGUGCAUAGAAAUGUGUGAGGAGUCUUUUUGUAAUUGUUUUUUAAGAUCACUUUAUAUAUAUAUAUAUAUAUAUAUAGAUAUAUAUUAUCAAUAAAAAGUUCUGCUUCACAUUUGCUCUAAAUACCUACUGCAAACACAAUGAUAGUGAUGCCCGUGUGGCAGCGUCACUGUUUAACCACCAGGGGGCAACAUCUGGACACUCCAGACUGAUGCAGAGCUGCUGCAGAUGAAGGGAACAGACAUAAAUAUCAGGCAUGCUCAAAGCAAAGAAAGACUAGAUACCCCUGUUGGUAAUCAUAAUAAAAUUUACAACUUAUAAAAUGGUCUUUAAGAGAUUAAGCUAAAUAACUAAUUAAUUAGGUAGAUCUUCAUCUGAAGUUACUCUAAGCUCUAGCUAUAAUAGGAGAGGAUCUCAAGGUGCAGCCGGGGAAACCUCAGAAAUGCUCGGCUUUUUGCGGAUGAUGUGGUUCUGUUGGUUUCCAAAAGACCGCACUGGGUCAGCACCUCCACGACGCCACAGUUCGUGACUAAAGGAGGCAAACCGGACAGUUUGCCUCCUCUCCACCACGCAUCAAACCGACUGCCCGUCUCCGGCUCCACGGCACCGUCACUCCUGACCAACAUCCUCAGAUACUUGUUUGGUUUAGGGAGGAACUAAAAUGCCGGAUUUGGAGGUGCUGACCCUCGCUUCACACUUUAUGUGCGAAUUGUAACAGCGCAUGCAUGAAAAACAUCAUGUGCAAAAAGCAGAUGGAAUCGCCCCCCAAAAAAGGUGGGGGAAAGACCUGGAGCCAGACCAGGAAGGGGAGCUUUGGAUCAACCUGGAGCCAACUCCCUGUGACGCUGCUACCACCGGCUGCAGAAGAAGAAGGUUUUGGGGUUGGGUAGAGUGUGAACUGGGCGGCAGAUCAAGGCAAGAACCUAGGAGUCAUACAUUGGUUCUUGGAAUGUGGAAAAUAGUGGAUACAAGUGGCAGAACUUGUGCAUAAGUGGGUUGGGUUCAGCCUUAGGGAUGGGGUGAGAUGGACUGUUCCCUGCAGGUAAAGAUCUGCCUGGUCAAUGAAGUCUCAUUAGGGUUAGGGUUAGUCAGCGCUCCUAGGACAGUAGUCAGUCCUCAGAGUUAAAAAUGUCUCAUUGGUCGAAGGACUAUCCGGUUUCUGCAGAGCUAUUUUCUUUUUUUAAAACACGCCCAAUAAAGAAACCCCAAAGCCUGUUACCAGACUCAUAUACACCAGACUAAGUAUUAGAUCUGGGCUCACAAAAGUGCUGAUAUUGUUUGCCUUUUACAUCACGAGAACCUCCCGAUUCAACGAGAGUUUGGAGUUUACAUGAAUCUGCUGCAAAAGAAAGAGGAUGUUCGCCAUUAAAAUCAGACCUUGUUUAUUUUAGUGCGUCGUGAGCCGUCAUCCACAAAGGUCAACUCAGACACAAUCUCUGCCUUUUCUAUCUCACUGCCUCCAAUCUAUUCUUCCAAUUAGCCCCGACUUCAAUUACUCGCGGAGAGCAUGCCAUCAAACUGGCAAUUGGCCUCUUGCGCAUUAGAGCAAUUAGCAGGGAUAUGAGGUUUUCCCGCCACAUCCAGCACCAUUUACGCCCAUUAACUCCAGAUGCAAUUAAAGAUCGCUCCAGAUUGUUCCCCCUCGGCGGCGAUGAGGAAGUUUGGAGGGUGCGCGGAGGGAACAGAAAGUCAAGAGUUGACACUGAUGCAGCUCGUCGUGCAAUCGGCGCCCGCAUCAAUCAUCUGACUCACACGGGCUAAUGUGGCACCGAGAAGGAAAAAGUUCCUCGGCCAUUACGGGCUGUUUCUCUUUGGAGGUUUAUGCGCCAUUUGCAGCAGCUAAAAAAAACACAAUCACAGGAAGGAAAUGGAACUCAGAAUGUGCUUCGACAACCUGAGAAGAAGAGAUGGCAAAAAUAAAGAAAUAAAGAAAUAAAUAUCCAAAGGCCGUCAUUAAAAACCAAACAGUUUAUUUAUUAUAUACAUUCAAUAAUAAUGAAGAGAAUAAACAGAAGGCAGACACAAUGAUGGCAAAAAUAAAACAUUGUGAGAAAAUACACUUGUAAAAAAAAAAAAAAAUCACUUGGAUGACUGAGCUUUUGUAGAGCAUGUGACCCCCCCCCAAAAAAUAAAAUAAAAUAAAAUAAAAAAGAAAAAUACAGAAUAACUCCACAUGCAGUUCAAACCCAUUUAUUAAAUGGCUAUACAGCAACUCCCACCCAGACGGACGACUUGCGCAGAUUGGGAGCAGUGGGCAGGGGGGACGGGACGGGAGGCUGGAUGGAGGCGAAGGGGGGGUCAGGUUUGCUUAUAUAUAUAUAUAUAUAUAUAUAUAUACACACACACACAUAUAUAUAUAUAUAUCGCUGCCUUCCGAAUGAGAUCAACUCCCAAUUAGAGGAAACAAAACAAAAAGAAGAAAGAAAAAGAAACGUGCAGGAGGAGACUCUGCAGCACAGUCACGGCCGCCACCGUUUCAACCCUGUGCAGGAACUUUUAUUUCUACAGACCGAUAACGACGUGGGCCAUUUUUUUUUUUUUUUAAUAUCUAGAUUUUUUUAUUGUCAUUAUAAAAGCAAACCACAGCGGCCUAGACGGAUCAAAUUAAACUUCACACAUCAUCAGAUAUGACUGGUGGUUACCACAGAGGCGCACAGCAGAGAUUAUUGAAGUGGGCCGACUCGGUAAAAACAACCACUUGCUUCUCACCCACCCUCCAUAUCCCUCCCCCCCUGCCUCCCCCCUGAACCCCCCCCAUGCUCUGACACUUCACGCUGGACCUUUACCGAGAUUCCUCGUCACCCCUGUCGCCUCGCAUCACAUAACACUUCCUUCCUCUCGCUGCUAUGUAAACACACCCGUUCCUCCUCCAGCACUAUGAUUUCAUGCACAAAUGGAAAAAAAAUAAAAUAAAAUUAAAAAACAAA